UUUUGUAUGUUAUGCAUGUGCAUUUGAGAAGUUUGAGGUUAAAACUGUUUUAUAUGAAGAUGAACGUUUAAAAUAUAACCAUACAUCGUUAUUUUUUAUUAUUGAGUGUGAAGUAAAAUGUUUACAGAGUGAAUCAUUUUAUUCAAAUCAAAUUCUUUUAAGAACAUUAUCUUACUCAAGUAUAGGGUUUCAGUGUUAUGUUAUGGUUCUACAUAAAUACAAGUGCAAAAUGUUAUAAGUUAAACUACUUGGUGACUCUUAUACUGAGCUGAUUUGAAAAUGUUGUCAACAAAAGGAACUAUUAGUUUAACCAAAAUAAACUCACUAACCAGGAACAUAAUAAGAUGUUUCUCAGACCAGUCGCUUGUAAAAGCUAAAAAGACAGGAGCAUCUCUAAAAUUUGCAAAAAAACCACAAAGGCCAUCAUUUAUGAAAAAUGCUUUUCUUGGUAUAUUUGAUAUAGAAAUGUUAACGUAUCCUGAACUGGAUAAGGAGGCUCUUAUAGAACUUAAGAAAAGAGUUCAACCCUGUAAAGAUUACUUUAAGAAUAAUGUUGACUCUAAUGCACUAUCAGUUUUAAAAAUGGUCCCUAAUGAAAUAAUGGAAAGUUUGAAAAAUUUAGGGUUAUUUGGCCAAACUAUUCCUAACUUAUAUGGUGGUAGUGACCAAGGCGCUGUUGAAAGUGCACUAAUAAGUGAGAUCAUUGCUAAAGAUCUUGACAUAGCUCUCAUGUUGUAUUCUCAUAACCAUCUUGGUGUUCAGGCUUUAUUAAUGUAUGGGAGUGAUCACCAGAAACAAAAAUACCUGCCUAAAUUAGCCUCAGGUGAAUGUAUUGCAGCUUUUUGUAUGUCAGAGGAUGUGAGCAGUUCAGAUAUAUCUUCAUUGUCAGUUCAUAUAGCUCCAUCUGAAGAAAACCCAGAGAUCUUCCUUCUCAAUGGUAAAAAGAAAUGGGUUAUAAAUGGGAUAAAUUCAAACUUAUUCAUAGUACUAGCUAGAAGUUCACUUAGAGUUCAUACAGGUGUUAAAAUACCUAUUGUGAGGUUAAUUUUAGUUGAGAGAGAUGCACCAGGUGUAACAGUUUUAAAGUCACAUGAUCAUAUAGGCUUGAAUGCUUCAAACAUCUCCGAAGUUCAUUUUAAGGACACCCCAGUACAACAGGAAUGUUUUAUUGGAGAGGAAAUGAGGGGCUUUGAGAUGUGUUCUCAAAUUUUAAACAGUGGGCGUUAUAACAUAGGUGCUAUUACAACAUCUUUCUUGAAAAACAUGUUGGGCCUAGCUUCAGACUUCGUUACUAGUAGAAAACAAUUUGAUAAACCACUAAUAGAAUGUGAACGGAUUCAAGAUAAGGUAGCAGAUAUCGCUACAACGAUAUACACUUUGGAGAGUAUGACAUUCCAUACAGCUUUAAUCUUGGACCAAUAUGAGAAUCCAGACUGUUCACUCGAACUUGCAAUCAUUAAAGUGUUCAGUUUUACAGAGGGGCGUCGUUGCUUAGACUUAAUAAUGGAACUCAUGGGAGGACGAGCUUUUAUGAUUUCCGAGAUCACUCAGAAGUAUUUCAGGGAUUUUAGAACAAUGGAAGUGUUUGAUGGAACUACCGAUAUUGCCAAUCUUUUCAUAUCACUUAAUGGUCUUCAAUAUGCAGGUAUGCCUAUGAAUGAGACAGUGGGAAAACUAAGAAAUCCUUUUGAUCAUCCUAACUUUAAUUUGAAGCGCCUUUUUACACUUAGACGACAUGCCAAUGACAAUCCUAAGCUAAUUUUAAAACUGUAUGAACAGCUUCAUCCGUCUUUGAAAGAUUCUGCAAAUGAACUAGAAUACUGUGUUCUACGCCUUCAGUAUGCAGUCACUGUAAUUUUCACACGUUAUGGAAUAGAUGUUGUCAACCAACAAAUUGAGCUUAUGCGACUUGCUGAUGCUGCGAUUAGGAUCUAUGCUAUGACUGCUGUCAUAGCAAGAGCUUCAAGAUCGUACUGUAUUGGACUUAAAAAUGCACAGUCAGAAGUGAAGUAUGCUAUCAGGAUCUGCUCUGCCUAUAAGAGAAUUGUUCAAACUGAGCUCAAUGACUUGAUCAAUGGACUUGUUAUAUCUGGUGAUGUGUAUUCAUUAAAUUUUGGCCCUGACAUUUUCCGAAAUCAUGGCUACUUCUUGCAACAUCCUCUAGAGCGAAGUUUCUAGUUUUAAACUGUAAGUUGUAGCACUACAACACGAAGAACACCCGUAAUUUAUUAUUAUAAAAAUAAAGCUAGUUAUUAUUUGUUAUAAA